AUGACACCGACAAUGUUAACCUUGUUGCUCGUAGCGGUCCUCAUUUCUCCUUCCUUCUGCUACCAUCCGGAAGCGUACGACUAUGUCCUCUUCACCAUCGAGUAUCUGGCCAACGUGGAACCAGGAGUAUUCUCGUGCGUCUUCUACGACCUAACCCCGAGGCAUCCCUUCGGCGACGAUAGCAUCCUGGGCCAGCUGCUGCGGUCACCCCAGCUGGACCACGUUCUGAAGCUGGUCUUGAAUGGAUCGCAACCGACGGAUGUUCAGCUGGGUAAGCUACCAGACAAUCCGUCGCUGAUUGUGAUUGAUCCGGGAAGUAAUGCUUUUCGUUUGGAACGGUCUGGGAUUUUGUCGAGUGAUGAUGCUGUGAUAGGCGUGUUUAACCCGGCAACCAAGGUACUGGUUUUGGUUGACACUAGUAAACCGAGGGUUGUUGGGUUGCUCUUGGAGGUACUAAGGAGAGUCUGGCGGUUCAACAAAGUGGCGUUCAUCGACUGUACUAGGAUGACAGUAAUCCUAAGUAAUGUAGCCACUUACUCUCCGCUGAAUCAGCUGGUCCACCCUGGACAUCUUUUCACCCUGGUUCAACGUAGAUUAGCAGGUCGGAAGAUCACCUACUACUCGGACCGAGAUUAUAUCUACUCGACGGAUCAGGACGCCCUGUGGGUCACGGAAGUGGCACGGUACCUUAAUACCGAUGUUGAGCACUACCAGCACGGAUGUUCUCCCGGUAGGUCCUUCGGCGAGUGCAUGUCGAAGCAGGAAACCCUACUUGAAGGAAUUGACAUCAAGAUAGACGCAACCGAAUGGACGGUAGGCUUCAGAAUAGUCUUCACUACCUCUCCAACUAUCGGUCGGAUUCUGGUUCCACGAGACAGGCCGUUGAACGCUGCAGAACUUUUGCUGCUUCCGUUCAGCUGGCAAGUCUGGCUUCUACUCUUGGUGAUCCUCACCACAGCCCAGGCUAUGAAGCACAUCUUCCCGAACCACUUUCAAAACGACCCAAUUCUACUCGUGGUUUGUGGCUUCGAACGCCACAAUCUCCACGAAACCGGUCGCUGGGAGAAAAUGAUCCUCCACUCGCUAAUCAUCCUGAUGUUCUUCGCGUCGAGCGCCUUCGAGACCAGAAUCAUAUCCCUGAUGAUCAGCAAACCUUCCGUCCAACGCGUCAAAACCGUAAACGACCUGGAAACGUUCGGCAUCAAGUUCUACGCCGAUCUCGAUCGAUUCCCGCUGCUUGCAAACCACCCCACGAUCGGAAAGUACAUCAUCAACGGGCACCAAAACCUCUGGGACACCAUCCCGGGCAUGGGCAUCUACGUGGACGAAAUGACGGCCAAGUUCGCCCCGAUUGUGGUCUUUGACUACAAACGCAAACUGCCCUGGUACGUUCCGCUUGAUUUUCGAAGCCUCGACGCGUUUCAAAUGUUUCAGACCUCGUACCGAAACCCGCUCCUGGAGUACUUUCACCGCGUGCGGCUCCUGCUGGCCGAGGGCGGAAUCUACGGCUUUUGGGAGGAUCGGAACGUGCGGGACAUAGUGGACAUCCUUACCGGGCGCAGGCUGAGGGAGGACAUGGCCAGCAAGAUCUAUCUCACCAUGGACGAUAUUCUGCCGGCGUGGAUGAUUCUGGGGAUAGGAGCUGCUAUCGCAGCGGAUUCUCCGAACAUGGAUAAGUACGAAUAUCGCUGCUAA